GAACAUUCCAAAUUGUAUCGGCGCUAUCGAUGGGAAGCACUUUAAAAUCAAAUGCCCAUCAAAUACAGGCUCAGCUUAUUUUAAUUAUAAGCAUUACUUUAGUGUUGUUUUGAUGGCCUGUGUGGAUGCAGAUGGACUUUUUUUAACGAUUGAUGUUGGUGAUUAUGGGCGAAACAGUGAUGGCAGAGUAUUUAGAAGGAGUUCGCUUGGAAUAACCUUAGAAAACAACGCACUGGAUAUUCUCGAACCUAAAGUAUUACCUGGUUGGGAAAAUAAGGACAAAUUUCCACACUAUUUUGUGGCAGAUGAAGCGUUCCCCCUUAAAACCAAUAUAAUGCGACCAUUUCCAAAAAGGUCAUUGAAUAAAGAGAGACGCAUUUAUAAUUACAGAUGUUCUAGAGCAAGGAGGAGUGUGGAGUGCAGUUUUGGAAUGCUUGUGUCAAAGUUUAGACUUUUUGAACAACCUAUAGGUUGCAAAGUAGAAACAGCCGAAGCAUUGAUUAAAGCAGCAGGUGUUUUACAUAAUUUUAUUCGCAUAAAAGAAGGUGUAUUUUCAACACCUUCACACCCAUCAACCAUCAAUUCAAUGGGAUAUCAAAAUAUUGAGGAUCAAGGAAUAAGACCAACAAGAGCAGCAGAAAGCAACAGAGAUUUUUUAUGUGACUAUUUUGUAUCGAACGAGGGUAAAGUCCCAUGGCAGGACAAUUUCUCGUAAAAUAU